CUGAGCGCCUAGCCCCCAGCUGGUCGGGCUCUGGCGUCUGGCGAGGGCUCCACCGCCCGACCCGGCUGGCGCGCGGGCGGAGCCCGGGCGGCGGGGCUGCUGCUGGCUGGUUGCACCGGACUGCGGGCCGCGACAUGGACUGUCCUGUGCAGCCCGAAUUCCAGCCUCGUUGAGCCAGGCACACCGAGAGCUUUCCACCAAAGAAGCCCCUCCAAGCACUGACCAUGUCUAUUAUGGACCACAGCCCCACGACCGGGGUGGUCACAGUCAUUGUCAUCCUCAUCGCCAUAGCUGCCCUGGGAGCCUUGAUCCUGGGCUGCUGGUGCUACCUGCGGCUGCAGCGCAUCAGCCAGUCAGAGGAUGAGGAGAGCAUCGUGGGUGAUGGCGAGACAAAGGAGCCUUUUCUACUGGUGCAGUACUCUGCCAAGGGGCCAUGUGUGGAAAGAAAGGCCAAGUUGAUGACCGCCAACAGCCCAGAAGUGCAUGGCUGAGCUGGGCUGCGGAGGCCGUGGUUCUGUUUGCAGCCAGCCCAGAAGCACUGAGAGGGCAGAAGCAUACAUGUUGCUAUGUGAGAAGGGUUGACACUUGCUGGCAUGGUCUCCUCCGGCUUUGUCAUCGCAUGCACUGACUCCAGGUCCCAGCUCUUCUGGCCUUCCCCCUCAGCCUCCUGGUGGGCUGUCCAUUGCAGGCAGUGGGCAGGCCUGAUCUUGCUAGGGCUCAUGGCCCCUUAGCGCUUUCGUUACUUGAAUGUUUUAGCUGAGCCUGUUUUUGAUGGAGCUACUACUGUAAUGUGUGAACUAACCAACCUGUGAACUGUAAAUAGGCCCAGAAGCACGUGCUUAAGCCUUUUUGCUGAUUUUUUAAAAAUGCCAGAUGGAGCCCGUGGACUGAUUUGAUAAUGACUGUACUCAUGUAAGCUGAGGUAUGACCAUGGAGGUAUGUGUAUGGAAAGGAGGUGAAAGGUUAAGAAGCUGGUGUGCUGGAGUAAUUUCAACUUGCUUAGUAAUGGAGGAAAACCACAGCCUCCCUUUCUUUAGCUUCAGCCUUGUUAAAUAGCAGUGUGUGUAGAUGGCAGAGUUACUGCAAGGAAGCUGUUGUACUUGCUUGGAAGCCUGUGAAGGAUGAGACCUCCUGAGUCCUGACGGUUGCCAGGCAGCGUAGCAGAGCAGUCUCUUGCCCUUUGGUUUUGAGCACGUCUAGUACACCCCUUCAGCACAGGCUUUGUGGAAACUGCUCUGGUCCUCUGUAAACACCAGAGCCUGUGGUGGCUACUUGAAGUCUGAAACCCAGUUGGCCCAAGAAGGCAAGGUUUUGUUUUUGUAUUUAAUAUUUUCUGCACUGGAAUGGGGGUUGGGAGUAGGGGUGGCUUACCCCCUACCUUUUCACAAGUGAGCUUCCUUUCUUCUCCAGUGGGUACUGGGUUUCACUUUGAUCUUUGGGACUAUGUAGUCAGAGCUCCCUGACCCAGCUUUCAAGGCACUAUGUGCAUAAAAGGUCAUUUCUAGUGUGCACAUAACCAUUUACAACAGUCACCAGGAGUUCAAGUUCAGGGCCUGGUUCUCACACGUAAGGGAGCCAGCAGCAUGUCUCCAGGAUAUUUCUUAUGUCUACAAGCUUGCUCAGAUGUUAAUCCCAUCACCAUAAUAAGCAUUCUAAACCAUUAUGAUUAAACCUGACUAUGCUGGCACCCUUGGUGAUGAGUAGGUGGCCAGCUAGCCCUGGCAGCAGAGACCUUCAGGCUAGUCUGGAGACAGCUUUGAAAAGCAUUUGAAACUAAUCCAUUUCCUAGACCUCAAGGGAGGAGCCGUAUUGUAGAGAAGGAACACUUCUUUUUAGCAGUGUAUACCAAUAUGGGGUUGGGGGAGGCAGAUGUUAAGAAACAGUCUGAGGUUACAGAGGUAGUCAAGGAUGGACUGGCCAUGGGCAGGGGCUGCUAAGGUUGGCCUGGAUGUGUGUUAGACCUGGGAGCAGUGACUCUGUAGGACCUGCCUGGAGCUGGCUGAGGCUGAGGGGUUUGACCCAUUCCCACCCACAUCCACUUUUCUACCUCUAUGUCUUGCACCAGCAGCCUAAACACUGCUGGUCCUUUUUUCCACCAUCCAUGGAUCCAAGGCCAGCUUGGAUCUACACCAAAAUUUGAGCUGAUUCAUCACUGUACUGUCAGAUGCAGGCUGCAGCUUGUACUAUGCCAGUGAAGUUAGUUUUUCAAACAUUGUCACAUUCCUUUUUUUUUUUUCCCCCCCGAGAAAGAGUUUCUCUGUGUAGCCCUGGCUAUCUUUGAACUCACUCUGUAGACCAGGCUGUCCUGGAACUCAGAAAUCCGCCUGCCUCUGCCUCCCAAGUACUGGGAUUAAAGGCAUGUGCUACCACUCCUCAGCAUCACAUUCUUAUCAGUUACACUUUGGGGGAGCUUCCAAUCACCCCCUGUUGCCGGGGGGUCUUUCAAGUUUGAGUCAGUCUAUCCAGAGAGUGAUGAGUAACUUCAGGCACUGUGGGGCACUGUGGGGUCAUAGGAAGGAGAAUUAAUACCUAUAGCUAUUGAACAACCAUGCACGUCUUCCCUGUCCUUGGUUAUCAUUGGCUACCUUUUCACCACAGCCACACACUCCAAUUGUUAAUAAGUUAUAACUUCUCUUCAGAUUACUUCCCAGUAGUGCAACUAUUGUGGUCAGGUCUUCUGAUGAUUAAGAAGCUAGCUUUUCACCCUUGGCAGCCUGCAGGAACUCUGAGGCUAAGCCACUGAAGUAAGGACUGACUUUCCUAGAUGUAUGUUCAAACGGACUGUGCUACUGUUGUGUCUCAGAGUUACCAGUUUGUGCAAUAAGUGGAAGGGAUGCCAUUCCUGAUCAAUAAAUGCUGAAUGACAUUCAAGUUCAUUUUGUAGACCACUGAGAAAAAUCUUUAUUUACAAUAAAUUUCAAUAAAAUUUGCAAUAACUAUAUUCCCAA